AUGUCUUACGGAAAUGGCAGUAGCGGCGGCGGCUGGCGUUCAGGCGGAGGCGGCGGUGGCGGUGGUGGUGGCGGCGGAUACGGUGGUGGUGGAGCAAGUUAUGGCGGCGGCGGCUACGGUGGAGGCGGAUACAGCAGUGGUGGUUAUGGUGGCGGUGGCGGUGGCUACGGCGGCGGUUCCGGUGGGUUCGGUGGCGGAGACCGCAUGAACAACCUCGGUGCCGGCCUCAAGAACAUCGACUGGGGCAAUGCCAACCUGAUCCGCUUCGAGAAAAACUUCUACACCGAGGACAAGCGCGUCGCCUCCCGCAGCGAUGCCGAAAUCGAGGCGUUCCGCAGGGAAAAGCAGAUUUCCAUCACUGGCCGCGGCGUCCCCAAGCCCAUCAUGAGCUUUGAUGAGGCUGGCUUCCCCGACUACAUUCUCUCUGAGCUGCGCAAACUCGGUUUCAAGGAGCCCUCAGCGAUUCAGUCGCAAGCAUGGCCCAUGGCCCUCAUGGGGCGUGAUCUCGUCGCCAUCGCAGAGACCGGUUCCGGCAAAACAAUCGGUUUCGCUCUGCCUGCAAUCGUACACAUCAAUGCGCAGCCGCUACUUUCGCCUGGCGAUGGGCCCAUCGCCCUCUUCUUGGCCCCCACGCGUGAACUGGCUGUGCAAAUUCAAGGCGAGUGCGACCGUUUCAAGUCCACCAGCAGAAUCAGGACAUGCGCUGUGUAUGGCGGUGUGCCCAAGGGCCAGCAAAUCCGUGACCUUUCUCGUGGUGCCGAAAUUGUUGUUGCCACACCGGGGCGUCUAAUCGACAUGCUCGAGUCUGGAAAGACCACCCUUCACCGCGUUACCUACCUUGUCAUGGACGAAGCCGACCGUAUGUUGGAUAUGGGUUUCGAGCCGCAGAUUCGCAAGAUUAUCGCUCAGAUCCGGCCAGACAGGCAGACGCUCAUGUUCUCCGCCACGUGGCCAAAGGACGUGCAAAACCUCGCUAAGGACUUCCUCAAUGACGGAUACCAAGUCAACAUUGGCUCACACGAACUCGCUGCCAACCACAAUGUCACGCAGAUCAUUGAGGUAUGCUCCGAGUACGAAAAGCGCGGCAAGCUCGUCGGCCACCUCGACCACAUUUCUCAGGAGAAUGCCAAGGUACUCAUCUUCACUGGCACAAAGCGCGUUGCGGACGACCUUACCAAGUUCCUGCGACAGGACGGUUGGCCCGCGCUCGCAAUCCACGGAGACAAGCAACAGCAGGAGCGUGAUUGGGUCUUGGCCGAGUUCAAGACGGGUCGGUCACCCAUCAUGGUCGCGACAGCCGUCGCGUCGCGUGGUCUCGGUAAGGUCUAUUCGUCGCCUUCCAUGUCUUCCACUUGCAAUCCCUGCCAACCUGGUGGUGGCCGCCCUGCCCUUCUCAUGUGCUGGAAGGCAGGUCUUGAUGGCAGCGCGCGUCUCUUCCUUCCUUGGAGCGACAUGCUCGUCCCGAUGGAUGCGGGCUCGAUCGGUCUCCCCAUUUUGCCAGCCGUUUCAUCUAACGCCCUUGGUGGAGACCGCCCAUGCAAACGCGUGGACAGCAUGUCGCUCAUUAUCCUCGGAUACCCUUUACGCGCGCUCACCCUGAAACCUUCGAAGCCUGCCCUCACCAAAGCAGACAGCAACACGCGAGAAGAGGGAAGAGCGAGACUAGUCCUGCGAUCCAAUCACGGGCCGUCUUGUCGCAACUUUCUGAUCGCAGGCCUCGUCUUCAUACUAGCGGGCGUGCGCGAUGAUAUCGGUUACGUUAUCAACUACGACGUUCCGACCAACAUUGAGGACUACGUUCACCAAAUUGGCCGUACUGGUCGUGCUGGUCGCAAAGGUACUGCAUACACCUUCUUCACUACCGACAAUUCCAAGAGCGCACGUGAGCUUGUCGGCAUUCUGCGCGAAGCUAACCAAAAGAUCCCGCCCGAGCUCGAGGACAUGGCUCGGUUCGGUGGUGGUGGUGGUGGCUCCCGCUACGGUCGUGGUGGUGGCCGUGGCGGUCGUGGUGGCGGCAGGACUGGCGCCAAUGCUUACGGAAUGAGUGGUGGCAGUCGCUGGUAA